CCGUGGGUUGUGCCGCACCCGGCAGCAGGGCAGCCGGGGCACCAGGAAUACUGCGGCUCACCCACCGGGCUGGGGCGGGCCCCUCCGACCUCCGGGCUGUGCUCCUUGGACACACGGGACCGCGGGGGCUGGGCCGGGGGCUCUGUGUCCUUCCGGAGAGUGGCAUGCUGUCCAGGUGUUAGUGGGAGCCACGGAAGUAGCUCCCCAGGGACCGUCCUUGGCUGGGAGGGAAAGCGACAGCCUUGGGGGCCGCAGGACGCAGGAGCAGCUGUGCAGCAGGAGUUCGAGAACACGGACGGGGAAGAGUAUGCAGCCGACCUGUCAGCGCAGGGCUCCCCAGCGGCCGCCGCCCAGAACGGGCCCGACGUGUACGUCCUGCCCCUCACCGAGGUCUCGCUGCCCAUGGCCAAGCAGCCUGGGCGCUCCGCACAGCUGCUCAGGCCCGCAGGCCUGGGCCGGCACGGCCUCCUGUACCUGGAGGAGAUCGGCCAUGGCUGGUUUGGGAAGGUGUUCCUGGGGGAGGCGAACUGGGGCCUCAGCAGCGCCCAGGUGGUGGUGAAGGAGCUGAAGGUCAGCGCCAGCGUGCACGAGCAGACGCAGUUCCUGGAGGAGGCCCAGCCCUACAGGGCCCUGCAGCACAGCAACCUGCUCCGGUGCCUGGCCCAGUGCGCCGAGGUGACGCCCUACCUGCUGGUGAUGGAGUUCUGCCCCGUGGGGGACCUCAAGGGCUACCUGCGGAGCUGCCGGGCGGCGGAGUCCCUGGCGCCGGACCCCCGGACCCUGCAGCGCAUGGCCUGCGAGGUGGCCUGCGGCGUCCUGCACUUGCACCGGCACAACUUCGUGCACAGCGACCUGGCCCUGAGGAACUGCCUGCUCACGGCCGACCUGACGGUGAAGAUCGGUGACUACGGCCUGUCCCACGGCAAAUACAGAGAGGACUACUUCGUGACAGCGGACCAGCUGUGGGUGCCGCUGCGCUGGAUUGCGCCCGAGCUGGUGGACGAGGUGCACUGCAACCUGCUGGUGGUGGACCAGACCAAGGCCAGCAACGUGUGGUCCCUGGGCGUGACCAUCUGGGAGCUCUUCGAGCUGGGCGCCCAGCCCUACCCCCACCACUCCGACAGGCAGGUGCUGGCCUACGCCGUGCGGGAGCAGCAGCUCAAGCUGCCCAAACCCCAGCUGCCACUGAUGCUGUCAGACCGCUGGUACGAGGUGAUGCAGUUCUGCUGGCUGCAGCCGGAGCAGCGGCCGACCGCCGCGGAGGUGCACCUGCUGCUCUCCUACCUGUGUGCCAAGGACGCCACGGUGGCGGAGGACGAGUUCGAGCAGCGCUGGCGCUCCCUGCGGCCAGGCGGGGGCGGCGCGGGCCCCGGGUCGGGGGCGGCCCUGGGAGGCGCGGGCGAGCUGGCCGCCGCCUCGUCCUUCCCCCUGCUGGAGCAGUUCGCGGGCGACAGCUUCCACGCCGAUGGCGACGACGUGCUCACAGUGACUGAGACGAGCCGUGGCCUCAACUUCGAGUACAAGUGGGAGGCAGGCCACUGCGGCGACGCUUUCCCACCGCCGGGAGACAUGCCGAGCCCCGGCUGCGCGGUGCGCCUGCAGGAGCUCUGCGCCCCCGACAGCGCGCCGCCGGGGGUGGUGCCUGUUCUCAGCGCGCACAGCCCUUCUGUGGGCAGCGAGUACUUCAUCCGCCUGGAGGAGCCGGCGCCUGCUGCGGGCCACGACCCCGAUUGCGCUGGCUGUGCCCCUAACCCCUGUGCCGUGGCCCCCAGUUCCGAGGGCAAGGACCACGACAAGGACUUAGACGGCAGUGCUGCCACCUCGCUGGCCAUGGAGCCGCUGCUGGGCCAGGCGCCACCUGUGGAUGGCCCCCGGGGCCACUGUGACCACUACCCAAGCAGGUGCAGCGCCCAGGACCUGCCCCGCCCCUCGCAUGCCCCCUCGCCCAAGGGCCUGAUGCCAGUGGAACCUGGAGAUGAGGCUGGCGGCUGGGGCGUGGCCACCAUCUGCCCGCCCUUAUCUGAGGACCCACUGGGCACACACGUCUCUGGGACUGCAGGGGCCCCUCGGUCUGCCGGCAGGGAGGAGCUGGGGGAGGCCCAGGCCAGCAGGGCCACGCAGCUCGGACACUGGGGCUCCAACGUGUCAGCCAACAACAACAGCGGCGGCCGGACCCCUGAGGCGUGGGGCGCAGGCUGCACAGGGGGCGGCACAGACUGCUGCUCUGGCAGGAAGCAGCCCCUACGGGCUGUCCCUGAGCAGGGCCACCCCUUGGCCCUAGAGGACCCCAGAGAGCCUCCCCUUGGAUCAGAGGGGGCCUCCUUUGGCCAGGAGUUGGGCCGCUGCCUUGACCUCCCCCACCUGCAUCCUGCUGAGGGCCCACCACCUUCCAGCAGCCUAUUCACACCCCCCUGGAGAGACGCAGCUGGUAGUGAGGGCAACACCCCUGAGACAGAGCGCAGGCUUGUGGAGGGCUCCUCCGGACCUCAGCGGCUCCUGGCAUCCAUCCCGUCCCCAUCUCGAGAGGGAGCCCUGCUUCCCACCCAGGAGACCGGCACCUCUACCGCCUUGCUGGCUUCGCCCAUGCCUGCCAGCAGCCAGGCAGCUGCCAUGGAGCCAGCCCAAACACAGGACAGUGGCAGCAGCUCCCCGGAGGUGCCAGGCAGUGAGGACGAGGACACCAUUGAGGCCACUUCCGGCGUUUUCACUGACGUGUCCAGCGACAGCCCGCAGGUGGAGAGGCGGAGUGUGACGCCGGCAUUCCGCUGCCUACAGAAGCAGGUGGGAACUCCGGACUCCCUGGACUCUCUGGACAUCCCGUCCCUGGCCAGUGAUGGUGGCUGUGAGGUCUUCAGCCCGUCAACUAUUGGCCCCUCCGGAGGGCAGCCCCGGGCCCUGGACAGCGGCUAUGACACUGAGAACUACGAGUCCCCUGAGUUUGUGCUCAAGGAAGCGCACGAGUCAUGUGAGCCUGAGGUUUUAGGGGGGCUGGCCUCGGAGGGUGAGAGCCCCGGGGCAGAGACUCAGCUCUCGGCCUCCCUCAGUGGCCUCAGUGAGAAAAACCCCUACCGUGACUCAGCCUACUUCUCUGACCUGGACACCGAGCCGGAGCCCCUGCUGGGCCCUGAGAAGAGGGGUGGGGCUGUUGGGCCAGGGCCAGAUCUGGAGAGCCCGCAGAGCCCCGGGCCGCAGCCUGCACAGCCGCUUUCUGAAUCUGAGGCACCUGGGGAGGCACAGAGCCCAGAGCCCAGGGAGGUGUCCCCAUCACCACCGCCCGAGGACUCUCGCCCUGGACCAACCACCUGCCCCACAGACCUCAGGAGGGAGCCUCCCUGGGCCCAAAGCCCAGCUCAGGGGUCACCAAUGCCCAGUCCUGGGCGUCCGAAAGUUUUCCUGCUGACUCCCGUCCCGCGGAGCUCAGACAGCCAGGGCGCUGAGCUCCAGGAGCCCCAGGGACUGCAGUCAGCCCUGCAGGAACGGACAGGGGCCCCGGGCGCCCCCAGAACCCCACUCUGCCUGGCCCUGCCGGGACUCCCCGCAGCCCCGGAGGGCCGGCCAGAGGAAGAAGAGGAGGACAGCGAGGACAGCGAGGAGUCGGACGAGGAGCUCCGCUGCUACAGCAUCCAGGAGCCUAGCGAGGACAGCGAUGAGGAGGCGCCGGUGCCUGUGGUGGUGGCCGAGAGCCAGAGCGCGCGCCACCUGCGCAGCCUGCUCAAAAUGCCCAGCCUGCUGUCCGAGGCCUUCUGCGAGGACCUGGAGCGCAAGAAGAAAGCCGUGUCCUUCUUUGACGACGUCACCGUCUACCUCUUCGACCAGGAAAGUCCCACCCGGGAGCUUGGGGAGCCCUUCCCCGGAGCCCAGAAGUCUCCCCCCGCGUUCCUCGCGGGCAGUCCCGGCUCCCCCGGCGCCCCCUGCCGACCGCGACGGGACGAAAGCUCACCCCACGGCUUCACGGUCCAAGAGGGGUCACGAUUCCAGUGGGACCACGGCGUCCCGCAGGCGUCGCCGGUCCCGGAGCCGGCGCUGGCCCCGCCCGCCGCGCCGGCCCCGCCCACAGCGCCGGCCCCGCCCUCCAAGCCGGCGGCGCCCGCCCCCUUCUCGCGCUUCACGGUCUCGCCCACGCCCGCGUCUCGCUUUUCCAUCACGCACGUCUCCGACCCGGACGCCGGCCGCGUGGGUGGCCCUGCAGGAGGUGCUGGGGGUAUCUGUAAAGAAGCCUGAGGCCCACGUGACCCCCCUGGAGGCCCUACUCGUCCUGCUCCCGCAGCAGCGAGGAUGGUGACCAACUGUGUGGGGCUGCAGUCGGCGAGGUUGGUAGCAGCUUGCAGCACUUCGGUGCCCCAAGCAGCGCAGUGGACAGCGGAGCGCUGUGCCCGCCAGCUGGUCUGCCCUGGGGGCAGGAUUCACCUCGGACACUGGAUACACUGCUGUUUCCUUGGGGAAGCCCCCCAGCCCCCACCCGGCGGCGCCCCUCUUUGCGGUGUUCCCUGUGCCCUGGCCCCACACCGCUGCUUGGCCUCUGAGGCCUGGGGGCCUGCUCUUGGCUGCGGGCCCUCACAGGCCCCGCCCACUGUUCCGGGUGGUGCAUUGCAGGGCGCCGUGCCGCCACCCUGGGUGAGACACCAGGCCCAGGCCCGAGGGGGCAGCCUCUCCCUGUGCCCUUAGCCCCUUCCGCCUGGUUCUGGGCAUUCAGUGCAAGGACAGGCCCUGGGGCUCAGGGGCCCCGCCACCCUUACCUCAAAGUCUGUGGCUGUAUAUUUCCCCUUCACUGACUCCACUAGACCCCAGCCCGCCCUCCCCACAGAGUCUGGUAAGACUCCUGCCUGGGGCUUUCUGCUGGAACCAAGGGGGCAACUGGAAAGGGGGGGAACUUCCAGGCCCCACCUCUGCCAUCUCAGCCUCAUUCUAGAGGUGCCCCCUGCUGUCUGGUGUGGGUAGCACCCCUCUGCAGGGUACUGCCCAGCUCAACGCCAGAAGAUAGUGGGGACUGCCCCCACCGCCCCCGUCAGGGGUCCCAGGCCACAGGGAUGAGGAUGGGCAAGAAGUGGAGCUGGGAGGGGGCGGGGCAGGGCAGCACAGGGAGUAUUUUUGUAACCACUACUGUCCGAGGCCGGCCGGGGUUAUGGUUUUAAGUUAUUGUUGCCAAAGAGAUGUAAGUUUGUUGUUGCUUUGGGAGUGUGGGGGGUGCUUGGGUUUGUGUUUGUCAGUUCGAAGCUUAGGAUGCGGUGCCAUUAUUUUCUUGAUCCUUGUUUGUUUUCUAAGAGAAAUCGAGCUAAGAACAAACA